UCUUUCUUUUUCCAACAGGUCUUCAAUUGUUGGCCUUCCUACUGUAAAGAAGGAUAAGUUUUCUGUCUUUAAUUUCUUGGAGAUUCAGCAGCCGGCCAGUGCUCAGAUGGACAUAUACCCUACACAACCAGGAUUAUCUAAAUUGAUAUCAAAAGAAGUGGAAGAGCCAGGACAAUCUUCGUCAUCAUCAUCAUCAUCUUCUCUGAAAAGGUCAAGAUGGGAUCAACAUCCUGGUAUCCUUGCCAACAUGGGAUCUAAACAAGAGGUCAAAUGUGAUGAGAGCCAAGGAACGGGCAAAAUUGCAGAGUAUGAUGUUCCAUCUCAGGAUUCUACCGCUGAUAGUGAUGACAAGCCCCGCCCUCCUCUAGAUCUCUUCCAAGCCAUCUUCCUUGACUCCGACUCCAGCAGUAGUAGCAGUGACGAGUAUGACAGAGAUGAGAAUGAUGAUCAGAAAAAACAUGAAGGAGCACCACAAAGUGAACUCCACACUGUGCAAGGUCUGGAGAGUUCAAUUGGAGGUGGAAAUGCAAAGAUGAAUGAUGGAGUUGAGGCUUCAAUACAGAAUGAACAUGCCUCAUAUAUGACCGGGCUGGAAAGUGUUGAUGAUGAACAAGUAAUGAGAGAACUUCGUAGUCAUGGAAACAGAACUAGUGGUGCAAUUCAUAGAGAUGAAGGCAAGGAAAGAGCGGAGGAGGAGGAAGAAGAGGAGGAGGUGGAGGAGGAGGAGGAGGAAGAGGAAUAUGGACCGAUGCUUCCACCGUCAUUAGACCAUACCCAGGAGAGCCCUCCAAAAAACACUGAAAGUCAGGAUGAGAGUUCUACAGGGAGAAGAAAAAGGAGAGAUAGAGAGAAGAGAAAGGAGGAAAGAGAAAAGAAGAGUAAGAAGAGAAAAAGUGAACACAAAAGUAGGGACAGAAGCAGGGACAGAAGCAGGGACAGAAGCAGAGACAAGAAAAAGGAUAGAGAAAAGCACACCAAAGAAUUAUCAAGUCAUAACAGUAAACAUGAAAAGAUCAAGAAGUCAAAACACAGACAUGGAGAUAUGCACAAACAUACUCAUCACAAGUCUUCUAAGGGAAGGAUGCAAAAGAAGGAUGCAAGUCUGAGCAGUGUCAACAAGAAAUAGUACUGAAAACAACCCCCAAAAUGUCUUCAAUAAUUACAUCUUGAAAAGCAGAAGGGCAUGUAACUCAUCAACACAGAAAGCACUUGGAGCCGCCACUUGAUUGAUACAGACACACUCUUGACAGUUUCCAUGUGCAUUGAAAAUACAUGUAGUUCACUUACACUGGACUUGCUGCAAUUACACAUUACACAUUUUGAAUGCAGCAAAAUUCUAGCCCCUACUGGAAGUGACUUGGCAGUUGCUGAGAGUGCCGAUCAAAAGUAUUCAGCCACUGUUUGGAGUAGGAAUGAUGGAUUUUCAUUACGGGCAACUCUUUUGAAGUUUACAGGGUUGAUGAAAAGUACAUGCAUUAUAUAAUACAUUUUGGUCAUUAAAGUGAAGUCCACUCUCUCAAUAAUUGAUAACACCCAUUAUUCAAUCAUCUGAAUGGUGUCAAAUCCCUCAUGAGAAGCCACUAUUAUGUGUCUUUGAAGGGAUUUGCUGGGAUGUGCACAGUGAAAAUAUCAAAAGUUAUUAAAAGGCAGAAAUGUUGUUUUAAAAAAAAUCAUAAUUGAAAACUUUCCUAAAAGUUUUGGUCGCAAAAUAUUUAUUAUUAACAAACUGACCGUCAUCUUUUUUCUUCAAAUUUUAUUUUUGCGACUGGCAGAGUUUUAUUCACAAAAUGAGGGCUUCAUUUUUCAGUCAAAGAGAGAAAACCACAGACUGAGUUUUUUUAUCUAAAAUUGUUCACAAACUUUCAUCAAGUCAUCUUGCUGCUCCAGAUAAAUUUUGAGAUAAGUUUUUGAGGGCUUGCUUAUAUCCCAGAUAGGGGAUUUCCGUUAUUAAAGAUUUUGAACAAAUUAUCUCAAUUUAACUUCGCAUCAAUGAACUAUUCUUUGACUUUUUACUGGAGAGCCCAAUAGGACAACAUAUCACAAAAGAAGGAAUCAUCUGGCCUCGCACUUAAUACUUAAAUUGUUGUACAAUGUCUUAAAGGCACCGUUUAACAAUGUUAAAUCUGAGAUGCAUGGCCCUACGUGUUAUCAGUGACUGUGAUAUGGUGUAAUAUUGAAGCC